UUCUACAAAGUUCUACAAAGUGGACACUAAGAUGGGUGAUAUACAACCUUAAGUUCACCUAAAUCCAAGAUGGCGUCUAGUUUCGAUCGAGACGCACGUGCUGCGUUUUGGAAACAAACUUAACGAGGAAGUUUGCCGCGGAUUUAUCUUUGCAAAUCUUUUACAUUCACUAUAUCUCUAGCUAUGGUUAUGAUGAAGCAUUCUGGUCGCCAAUUUGGCCACUACUUUUCAGGAUUUGGUCGCCAAAGUGAAAAAUUUAGUCGCAUAGGCGCCUGUGUUAGGCGCAAUUUUACGCCCUGGAUAUCCUCCGCAAUUCUCUCCCACUUGUCAUUUCCGGAUAGGCAGCUAUCUACUUAAAUGUCAUUUUAUCGUCACUGGCAGCUUCGCCGUAGAGUAAAAGAGUUUAUGAUUUAUAUCUCAAAGAAAUCAUUGCUUAUUCUGUAAAGAUGUGUUUUCUUUAUCUGAUCUACAAACUAGCUUCACAGCUUUGCAAAGCCAAAAACGUCAUCGCCAUGUUACCAUUCAGCGUGUGGAGAGAGCUGAUGAUUAAGCUAGAUCCAUUGCGUCCGUUGAAAGGUGAUUUUCGUGACCUCGCCGACAAGAUGGGCUUUGAUGUGGAGAGAAUUUUCAAGUUUCAGGCAAUGUCCAGUCCAACUCAAGCAGUUCUGAAAGGCUGCAUGAAUGUAACCAUAGAUGACCUAAUGGUUAAACUAGAAGAAAUUGGAAGAGACGAUGCAAAACGAGACGUUGAAAGGUAGAUAAGGGCAAAUUGCCAAUGUGCAAGGUGCCACAAUUAACUGGAUCGAUUUGUUUACUAAACUCUUUCUAGUAUAUUGUACUUAGUUUCAUUACUCUUGCCUCGCAUUAUGUAACAUAUUUCUGUAUGACAAAACCUCAUCUUUGCCCCUUUUUUCAAAAUAUAGUUUCACUUCUUUCGUCUUCAGUUUCUUCAUGGAACAGGGAUAUCAAAAACAAAAAUCUCUGCAAUUGAGGAAGUAUCGAUCUUCAUGAGUUCGACUGUAACUCUCACUGUUAUUCAUUGACGCCGUGGAUAUGUUCUUACUGUUCGAAGAAGGCCUUCUAGUGAAGCUGGUUACACUAAUGUCUACAAAAGGCCAAAUAUGAAUGAAAAGGUUUUCACUUGAUGGGAUGAUUUUUAUCAAGUUGAAUCUUUUGCCGAAAAGACGAGGAGGAUAUUGACUUUCUACAUAAAAUGUCUUGUGUUUUCCUUUUCCCGAACAUAACCUACCCUCCCCUCUCCCCCACCCCCUCAAAAGAAAAAGGAAAGAAAAAAAAUGCUUCGAACGUACUUUACGAUACAGCAAAACCAAAUAGAUUUGUUCGCCUGAGAAUAUAUUUGAUUAAGGCAUCUGCUGAAUUCACGGUCUUCUGUGAGGAAAGCAUAGGUAGAAGUGGUAUUUUAAAAGCCCUUGCUUUUCUUAUUUUAUCAUCAUGAUGAUGAUAACAGAAGUUUAGAUUUGCACUGCGAGAUUUUCAUCGUGGUUGACUUCGACUUUUUCGACAAACGAUAGUGUUAGAUACGAUGGUGAUCUGUUUUAAGAAGCUGAUUUAAAGAGUAUGAGAUUGCGAAAUAUAGGGUAACCUGUGGAGGUAUUGAAGUAUCCCCUAUUAGAAUUCGAAUUUCUAUUUCCCUUUCGCCCUGUGAUCGGCAGGAUCGCAAGUAUGUUUUGAAAGUAUCAGAAAAUCACUUGCAACCCGCUCGGUUAAAUUACAUAUGACUCAGAGGCCGACUACGUUCUUCCCUCACUGUGACAGAAUGACUGGUUAUCCACCCUGCGUCUCCACGUUUACGGCUUCCAAAACCCACCCACUCAAUAAUGUCCUUUCUUUUUGGCUAAUAGGCCAACCAUGCUUCUUUUGUGGCUUCCUGUUACCACCGAGGUAGUCAAUUGACAUGGUCAUAGUCAUCCAUGGCUUAGGGGCCGACUAUGUUCCUCCCUCACUGCUUGCCAACCCCAAGUAGUCAAUUGACUAAACGACUGGUCUGUGCGUCAGGCUGCUCCGUUUGUGUACAACUUCAAAACAAGUCCUGACACUUCAUGAUAAAAUUUGUGUCAUUCCCUGUCUUUGAGACACAAGUUUACCAUUCCCAUCAGUCGCGUGAAUUACAACUAGUCUGAUUUGGGUUCAUGCAACUGAUUUCAGCGACGAGAUUGUGUUGUAAAAGCAGGUAAUCAUACAAAAUGUGACCAAAGUCGAAAGAUGCAAAUUGUCGUGAUGGCUUUGAUCCUGUUUUGGAGGUGAUGCGGACCGAGCAACUUUUCGCGAAGACCAGUUCCUCUAACUUGUCUCCCUCAAUGAGCCCUGGCUCUAGCUGAUCAAGUUCUUCAUUCGUACUCUAUUCAUAUGCUGUAGAUGUUCAUUACCAACUCUUGUCUUUCUUACCAUAAUCAACAAAUUAAAGAUGCUCUUAAUCUGAAUGUAAUACUAAAUAAAGUGAGAGUUAUUAAAACUUUCAGCUAGUAUCAAAGAUAAGCAUUUAUGUUCCUUACCGAGAGUGGUAAUUGAAAAAGAUUUCUAUCAAUCGUUUAGGGUUCCACCAUCACCCCACUCAUGGCAGUCUGCAGCAUUCAGUUACUCAAAUAACUCCAAGAUGGAAGAAUAAACCAAGUUUAUUCCUUUACGACUGGCACAUAGCCAAGUGAACAAGUCGUCCAUAAUUUGCGAUUUACGCCAACCUUGUUUUUCGGCCUGGUUCAUAUUUUAGGUGCCGAGUUCCCAAGCACAUAGGUAUCGACCAUGUAUUCUUCUUUAUGACUGGUACGGACCAAACGUGUUGCCUUGACUUAUUAUUAGAGUUCUUGUGAUCUAGUCACGUAAAACUAAAGGAAGCAUCGGUAGUCUGACUCCUUAUUUUAUCAUAACUAGAGAAAUGGUUAAGUUUGUCUCUCUUUUAUUGGUACAUCUAGUUUUGGAGACUAUUUAUCCAGUUGAAGAGAGUCAGGUCAACGUAAAAGAUUUGAAAAUUUCUGGACAAGCACGUGGAGAAACAACAGACGAGACAGGUUUGCUCAUGAUCUCUGAGAUAACCAGUUGCUUAUCUAGUGAUAAUCAUUUGCACCAAAGUCAAAUUUUCGCUGGAAAUGAGUUAGUUUGUUAUUUUCAUUUUCCUGAAUGUCGGUAUCUUGAUAGUUGAUCCAGAAGGUCUUCGUAACCAGUAUUAUAUGAGCCCGCUGUGUUUCUCCCUCACUAUUCAAUAACAAUUAACUGAAUGGCAAGGUCAACGUUACUAUACCAUAUCUGGAAGCUCAGUAAUUGAUAUCACAAAGAAUUCAUUGCUCCUUCUAUAAAGGUUUAUCUUUAAGUUCUUUAUCUGAUUUCAAAACUAGGUUCACAGUUUUGCAAAGCCAACAACGUCAUCGGCAGUUUAUCAUUCAGAGUGUGGAGACAGCUGAUAGUUAAGCGUGAUCCAUUGCGCCAUUCGUGAUCUCGCUGGCGAGAUGGGCUUCAACGUAACGAAAGUUGGAAAGCUACAUUCAUAAUCGAAUCCAACCCAAGCUGUUCUGAAGGACUGUUGGAAUGUAAUACAUAGAGGACUUUAUGGUCGAAGUUGACCCUAUUUGGAUCAAAACCAGAUGCAAAAGAGGAAAUUGAAAAAUGGAAGAGUGAAAAUUGCCAAUGUGCAAGGUGCAACAAUCAGCAACGAUAUAUUUACUAACUCUUUUCAAAUCGUACUUAGUUGCUUUCCUCUUGUCUUGCAUCGUUUAGAUAUUUUAGUAUUAUAAAACCUUUUGGUAGCCCUCUUGUUUUAAUAUUGUAUCACUUCUUUCGUCUUCAGUUUGCAUAUAUCCGGAACGAGGAAAACAAAGCCCUCUGCAGUUGAGGAAAUAACGAUAUUGAUCAGUUGGACCAUAUCUCUGACUGUCAUUCAUUGACGCCGUAGGUAUGUUCUUAAUGUUCAAAGAAAGUAAAAAAUAAUUUCUUUUGGUCUAUUUUAUCUAUUGCUAUGAUUCCUUUGUUGUCAUGAACUAACUUUUUGAAGGGUAAUUAACUUGAAAUACUUGACGAAGUCCCUCCAGAUCUCGUCCAAACAUCUCAAACGCAGCUUAUAUCGCCGUUCUUCUCUCUUUGUCUUUCAGCUUUAAGUUGGGAGCCCCGUUAGGCGCGCAUGUCUCAGAAGGCUGUCAACCGCUGGUUCCUGGCCGUGACUCUCCUUCGCAACCCAUCUCUUGUCAAGUUCCGCCGCCAAGGCCGCCAUUUCACGGCGUCUGUUGUGACUCUUGGAAGCGUCAACUUUAAUUUGACGUUCCAAUGUAAAACUUUGAGACUAACUCAGCAGGAAGAAUACUGUUAGCUCGAUGUGGUUCUCUUUGCCGGAGAUCUGCUAUGGUUUGGGAUGAAGAUCACAAAAUGUAGGGGGGGUUCCCUCAUUAGUUACUACAGUAUGAUGCAGUCUGUAUCUGGGUGUUGUUGUUGUUGUUGCUUUUUUGUUGUUUUGUUUUUGUUGUUUCAGUUUUUGUUUGUUUGUUUGUUUGUUUUAGUCAAAAUGUUACUCCUCUAAUGGAAACUACUCUAAAUUCUGGGCUAAGUUUUAUUAAGCACGUAGAUUGUGGUAGAGGAGUGAGCAAGGACGCGCACUAAGUACUUAUCGAAAAAACAAAAAAAAAAUGUGGAUUUCUAUUGCUGGCUUCGGAAAUGGGAAUUAUGUUAUCUGGAAAGCAUGGAGAGGCAAAUGAUAGCAUUAAUGCAACUGAAGAUUAUUUUUUUUGUAAAUCUAUUUCUCUGUAAACGACAAUGGAUUCUAUAUAUUAAUUAAUUUUCUUUGGUACAUUUGACUUUGAUGGUUUUUUUUAAAGAUAAUAUAUCAAGUAUUAGAAAGUAAUAUAUACAAAAAAAAUAGGAAGCAGUUUACGUUUGGCCAAAAGCCAAGUAUAUACCUAGGAAGAAAAAAAGAAAAGAGAAAAAAUAAUAAAUAUUGCGGUUUGCCUAGGUGUUUUAAGCGAG